UGUUACGCGUCGCUCGUGAGAAACAUUGCGGUCACUGACUCAUGUUUCUUUUCUUUAGUUCGACUUUUCUUAUUUUAAACUUCAAAAUGUGUUUUUGUUUUUAUUAAUAUUAGACAAAUGCAUUCAGAAAUCGUUUACGGUAGUGAAGCUUACUGUGUCGUAAUUUGAAAGCGAGUGAAACGGCAGCAAACAGUUGCACUGCACCUGCUCUGUUUUUUUUUCCACAGACGGAAAUACACAACAAGCUCUACUAUGGCAGAAAAAAAGAUCCAAGAAAACCCUCUGCCCGAGCCAGCGGAGCCCGCCCAACCCAAGCCAGAGCCAAAGCCCCGCUUCUGCAUGCCGUCUUUCACCAAAACCCCGCCGCAGGAUUUGUAUAGGCAGCUGUUGCCGGCUAUGCUGUUCUUGCUGACGUUUGUGACAGUUAUGACCAUGCUGCUCACAUAUAUGGACACUUUUGCGAGAGGAGCCCAGCAGUUCCGGCUGAACAUGAGUCGCGACUACGAGUUAAAGAUCCCUCAGGAAUCCGACUACCUGGUCGCCUACGUGCGCCAGUGGCACCUCGGGCCGCGCCCCAACAAGGAGACGCCGGCGCCCAUUUACACUGACCAGGCCAAAGUUCUAGACCAGCUGCUUGGGGAGGUGUACAACGGCACAUUCGUCGAAAUCCUCCCCCGCGGACACCGCGACCCUACCACCCUGUAUCUCGAGGUUGAACGGGGUUGGAGCGGUCUGGCGGUACGAGCGGCCCCGAGGGACCAUUUAGAGCUGGGUGGUUCUGCAAGGACCCUGAACGCCUGUCUUAGCCCCCUCGACCAUCCUAUACAGGUUCCCUUCAACGAAUCGGAUGAACACGAUACCUUCUUUAGGUCCCGCGUGCUGUGCUUGCCGCUGUACACGGUGCUGCUCGCGGCGGAGGCGACGCGCGCGCACUACGUCCUGCUCGGCGGACCUCCGCACCUACAUCAUGUGCCUUUCCACAAGGUGCAGCUGCAGGUAAUCGAAUACCGUUCUAACGACGCCGGCGCACGCAACCAGACGGCGCAGUUCCUUCUCACCAAGAACUACACUGUGGCAGCCACCUUCCCGGAUUCCAUCAUGUUCGCCCUCAACCACUGAGUGAGUUUGUAACUGUCCAAUCGCAUACAUAUGUAAAA